AUGCUUGAGUUCCGCACCCAGGGCUUCAACGGCUACUCGGUCAAGUACAGCCCAUUCUUUGAUUCGCGCAUCGCAGUCGCCACGUCUGCGAACUUUGGGCUGGUGGGGAAUGGACGGCUGUAUAUUCUUGGUUUGACAGCUAACGGCAUAGUCGCUGAGAAAUGGUUCGACACCCAAGACUCCCUCUUCGACAGCACCUGGUCCGAAUCGCACGAAAACCAACUCCUAACUGCCGGCGGCGACGGCUCCGUCAAACUCUUCGACAUCAAUGUCCCCACGUACCCCAUCGCCUCAUGGCAAGAGCACGCGCGCGAAGUCUUCGCCGUCCACUGGAACCUCGUCGCAAAAGACACCUUCCUCUCAUCCUCCUGGGACGGCACAAUCAAAAUCUGGAACCCCAAUGCCAACGCCAGCAUCACCACGCUACCCACACAUUCCUGCACGUAUUCCGCGGCGUUUAGCCCGCACAAUCCCAGUGUACUCAGCAGCGUGAGUUCAGAUAGCCAUUUACGAGUAUUCGACCUGCGCACCCCGGCGAGUGCGAGUAACCAUCUCACAAUGAGUCUGCCAAUCCACCAGCCGCCCAAGGCGCGCAUGGGGACUGCAGCGUCCGUCGGCAUUGCGCCCGCAGAAGCACUAACGCACGACUGGAAUAAGUACCGCGACACGAUUGUUGCAACGGCGGGCGUCGAUCGCGUUAUCCGCACGUUUGAUAUUCGCAUGCCGCAGCAAGGCCCCAUUGCCGUGCUGCCUGGACACGAGUAUGCGGUUAGGAGGUUGAGUUGGAGUCCCCAUCUCUCGGAUAUACUGCUCAGUGCUAGUUACGACAUGACGUGUCGGGUGUGGACGGAUGGUAGCGCCAUGGGUGUGGGGAGUGUCAAGCAGGAGAAUAUGCUUGAGGACCCCAUGUUUUAUGGGGGAGGCAGGGAGAUGGGGAGGAUGGGGCGACACACGGAGUUUGUGACUGGGGUGGAUUGGUGUUUGUUUGGGGCGGAGGGUUGGUGUGCGAGUACCGGGUGGGAUGAGAGAGUGCUUGUGUGGGAUUGUAGAGCUGUUAUGCAAUAA